GUUUAAAUUUGAGCGUUUGCGCAAUUUUAUUGACGUAUACUACUACACUUGCGCAGAACGUCAGUUGUGUCAUUCUCAAGAAGGCCGGAAGACUUCGCAACAGUCUAAACUUUCAUGUAGUCCGAGAGUGGUGUUGCCUAACAUCAUGGAAAUAAUACUUCACUUUUAUUUAAUCUUGUGUGCAACAACUUGGUCUUUAGCUUCGGCCUUAACCUUGAAACAAGCUACGACAAAACCUCGUCAUACAAAAGUCAGUGUUUCUACAACUGAAGAAACCAGUCCGUUAGCAACACCAGUGUCGAGUACCGCUUCCAAAGAUGAUUCCGGCGUAGCUUAUUACAGAAUGUUCAAUGAUAAAUCAGGAGCUACGUGUAUUCUUCUUAAAACAGAUGCUGUGGUCGAGGUUCGCUUCAAACUUCAUGAUUUAGAUGAACAAGCUGACUCUUUUAUACCAGAAAAAGCCCUCAUCGAAGGUGAAUGCAAAGAAGAAGAUACAGCUUGGAUGAGGAUCUCCUGGACUGGAUACAGUUUAAUCAUCAAUUUCGCAAAAACACCUGGUGGUGAACGAUGGUACAUAAGCAGUAUAGAACUCACCGUUAGUCCAGAUCUACCUCAAUUUCAUGGUAUACCAAUACAAAGAAAAUCGUCUAUCAAAUUGUACCAUCGUCAAAUGGUGAUCCCGACACCGGUGGGUAAGUCCUAUUCCUGUAGCGAGGUAGAGGUACCUUUAGAAACCGACGAAGAAGACAAUCCGCCGCCGGGGAUGCACGGAACGCUCUAUUUAAGGCUUCUACAAGUUCAAGCGUUCAUGUAUCGCAGCGAAUCUUUCGAUACGUCUUUCGAAUGUAAGCUGCAGAGGUCGUUUAGAGACGAAACGGCUCCGAUAGCUGUCGGGUCUACGUUAGCAGUUGCGGUGUUAGUUACCAUCGCAGGUUACGCCGCUUAUAGGUAUUUCAAAGUGAAAAACGUCCAGUAUAACACUAUGGAAUAAGUUUGGUUUUUAAUUUGACAAAUCGAAUUUGUGUCUGGUAUGUUUGUCGGAUUGAAAUUGAUGAAAGUGGUUUGUUUUAUGGUAGCAAUAAAUUCAAAUAUUGGUUAAUGGACUACCACUUCUCCUAUCCCGCCUAGUGAAAAGAAAAUGGCGAAACAUCUAUUCGGUUCGCCGUUCGAAGAUAAAUGAGUUUACAGCGUUGUCACAAGUGGUUAGAACGCGUCAGUGUAAUGGACGUAAUAGAAAUUGAUAAAGCGUCUUGAUUUCAGCACUUUUUUCAUAGAAACUUGGUUUGAUAUAAACGUUUUGACCUAUGUCGGUCUUUAUCAAACAAAACCAAACCAAUUUUCUAUCAAAAUCAAUACGAUUUAUCAAAAAAAAAACACAUAAAAAAGAUCUAAGAAGUCUAUUAAUUAUCUAAGACACAGAAAUUUUAUUCUAGGUAUGUUUAAUAAACAAACCUUGAAUUUUUUAUGACGUACAGCAAUUUUUUUGUUCUCUUGAUUUUAAUGUCUUUUAAAAUAUUCGUACAUACGAAGAUGGCCCCCUGAAGUACCUGUCCCAACGAAUAAAUAGAAAAAUAAUCUUUUAGAUCCAUACACUUUUCCCAGCGAUGUUCAGUAAGUUCGAUACCCUUUUUAUAAUAAGAAUGGUCAGGCUCCAUUAACACCUCUUCAUUGUUGGAAAAUCUUUGACCACCGAACCAUUUUGUCAAGUCUGGUAACAGAAAAUAAUCUUAGGGUGCUAAAUUUGUCGAAUAGGGUGCAAGAGAUGGCAAUUCAAACUUUAAUUUAUCAAUUUUGGCCAUUGCAAUAACGAAAGUGCGAGCUGGUACAUUGUCUUGAUGAAACACUUUAUUCUUGGCCUAACGCUGUCGUUUUUACUUGAUUUCUUCGCUCAAACGUUGCAGUAAGUUCGCAUAAUACUCGCCGUUGAUAGUUUUUCAUUGUCCAUGAUAGUCAAUCAAAAUUAUCCCACGCACAUCCAAAACAACCGACUACAUGACCUUGUCUGCAGAUGGAACGUUCUUUGUCUUCUUUGGAGCUGGUUCUCCCCUUUGUUUUGCUUGUUCUUUUGUUUCGGGUAUGAAAUGAUGGACCCACGUUUCAUUCAUGGUUAUGAAACUGCACAAAAACUCGGCUUUCUGAGAUGGAAAGACCCUUACGACGCUGUUUUUGUUCCAUUGUGACCAAACGCAGCACAGAGCUGACUCAUUUUUGUUCCCAACUCCGCUAAUAAAUAAAACAAGCUUGUGACAACACUGUUUCCAUAAACUCGACUAAAUAUACGCGAAACUUUCAUCGUGUAUUGUGUGUAUCAUUUUGUUUUGUCAUUAAACAUAACCCAGCAUUUUCAUUUUAUGAUAUUUAUACCCACGUUUAUUUUUUUUCUUUAGAAAUACAUACACGGUCAUAUCAGUUCUCAGUUCAGUAUCAGUCGAACCGGUUCAAUCAAUUUUUCGUAAGUGUAUGUAGAUGUAUGUAUUGAGACCCAAUGGAUCAUUGAGUCCCCCUUUCUAGAUGCGAUACUGGGAAUACAGUAUUUACAGCCGAUCCAUCAAUCCCAAUCCUUUUAAAAAGUCCAGAAUGUGGGAUGCUCUAGCUUCGUCUCCUAUUUCAUACUCUCUCACGUGAAGUGCUCUUGAGUUUCACACUUCGAGAGAAUGUGGUUAGAGGUUUCGUCCUCAGAGCAAUAAAAUAUGCGCGCCGCAUUAUCUGCUAAGUUUAACGUAUUUAGGUGUUUGUUGAGACGACAGUGCCCAGAUAGGACUCCUGUUAGUAUUCGUAGUUUGUUCCCAGGAGAGUCUUUGUCUGUCUCAUACCUUGUAGGUUGUCCCAAUAAUUGGUUUUGAUCCUAUCAACCUUCUUUUACAAUGCUUUGUCUCUCCCUUCACUCCGGAGUGUCCCGGAAUCCAUUGUAGAGUAUUUUUCUUGCCUAGCUCGUUUAAUUUUUCUAUACAGUCCCAAACGAGUUUGGAGCUUAAAAUUCUAAUGACUGCUUGGCUAUCGGAGAUGAUGAUGAUCGUCUGUUUGCAAAAUUCCCUCUCCAGAUUAAACUGGACACAUUUUUCAUUUGUAUAAAUUUUUGCUUAGUGUGUUGCUUUCAGAUGUUUGGUUCACUCCUAUUCUGUCUGCUGUUUUAGAUCCAUCCGUAUACCACUUAAUGGCAUUUCUGUUAAUUUCUUGUAUGGUGUUUUGACUCCACUUACUUCUACAGCUUAGUAUUGAGCUUAACUUUGGUUUGGUCGUUAUUUAUGGACGGCUUUUUCAUUUGUAAUUCCGUCUCUGAACAUUCUGUGAUGUUUUUUCUCCAGUACAAUGGGAGAUUUUUUUCUAGGUUUAAAAAGAUAAAAAUUUAAAGGGAACUCAAACUCAGACGCUGAUCUAACGGAAUGAACACACCUAUUUGUAUCAUUACAGUUCUAAGAAUUCUUGUGUGUAAAAAACGCGUUAGGCCCAUGCUCAUACCUCAGUUUUGAUUUGUGUGUUCUCGAUUAUGGAGUUUAUUGACAUUAAUAAAGCAUGUGUAUAUUUGUGGGACAAAAAGGACUCAAAAUAUCAUAAUGCAAAUAUAAGGGAGACUGCGUUUUGCGCUUCUGUAGGAGAAAUAUCAAAACGGACAACAGCAUUGAGUUCAACUGAAACGGCAAAACGGACGGUUCGACUGAGACGUUAUAUGACCGUGUAAAAGGACCUUUAGAGAAAAUGGUGAACGUAGCAUUUAGCGUUUAAAUUUUUGAAAUUUUCCGGGGGAGAGCCCCUCGCACGGGGCCCCGCGGUGGUUAGCGCCGCCACUGAAUUAGACCCAAAUAAUAAUUUGUUUUUGGACUUCAUUUACAAAUUAAUAAAACACACGUUGUUUUAAUAUUUAUAGUUGUUUUAUAUUUAGGGCUGUUUUAAUAUAUUUUUCUCUAAAAAUAUCCUAAUUACAUAUUAAAAAAAAUGUUAUGAGAAAUAAAAUGAAAAUAUAUUGUUCGUAAUUUAAAUUUAUGGUUCUAAAAGUAACAAUUUGUCAUAUAUCUUAGUCAAUAGAGCGUAAAUUUCAACAAAUCUGAAAAUAUCGGCGCCAAUAUCGAAUACAGUAUUAGAUCGUAGCAAAAAAUAUGAAUAUUUUUCGAAAAUUUUCAUUAAUAAAAAAAAUUUGAUUCUCCAAUUACACUCGUCUAGAAUAGUGAAAAGGCACUUCUAAAUGUAUAUAAUUAUUGAAAAAAUUGUAAAAAUUUUGGAAAAAAAAGUGUUUCAGCGUUUCUUAUACACAUAUUGUUAAUCUAGAACCUGUAAAAUUUUUGGUAUCAACUCGCUCAACCUUACAAAGAUCAUUACCAUUCUUCUUCUUUUUACACCUCUUUUAACCUAACAAAUAUUAUUAUUCUUCUUUUUUCUACAUAUUGUUUAACCCCACAAAGAUCAUUACUAUUCUUCUUCUUUCUACAUAUCGUUUAACCUAACAAUGUUCUGUCAGUUUCGUAUUGUUCUGUUACUUGAUUCCAGUUUUUGGAUGGAGUAGGUUAUGAAAAUAAUUACUUUAAAUCUCAAGUAUGCCUUGUAGGGUGUCCCUUAAAAUUAUUUGACACAUUUUUCGCAAUAUUUUAUAGAAAAUACAACUAAAAACGAUAAAAAAACACGAGAAACACAAUCCAAAUAAUACUAAUCAAAGAUUGUGUUUGCCUCCCACCGGCCAUAUCGGUAUCAUAAACGUCAAAGUUUUGAAAUGACCUAUUCUUCUCUUUUUUACAUCUGGUUUAACCUAACAAACUUUUCUUCUUUUUCUACAUCUCGUUUAACCUAUCAAACAUCAUUACUAUUCUUCUUUCUACACCUAAUUUACCAUAAGAAAUAUCAUAACUAUUAUUUUUCUUUCUACAUAUGUCAUUCGAAUUUAUCAAUUUUAAAGCAAAAUAUCAAAAGGAGUGAUUUUGAGUCACUUGUUUAACCUAAUUUUCGUUUUCGAACAAAAAUUUUACAGGUUAUUUGCUUGAAAGAAAAUAUUUUUACCAUAAUGUUCGUUAUGAUACAUAUUUAUAAAUGAGCAAGUACAUAAACUUGUUCAAAGUAGAUAUAGUGUUUUUAUAUUAUAUUUCAAAUGUUGUACAUGAUUAAUUUUAACUUGAAAUAUUUUGCUGUUAAUAGUUUGAGAAAAUGGAACCUUGAUGAUACUCUGAAUUUUUAAUAUAAGUUACCAUGAAAAGGAUGAAAAAAAUAAGAAAAAGUGUUUUUUUUUCAAUUUUGGGAAAAUAAUGAAAUUUCACCUAAAAAUGGUCACGCGAUUUUUUUUGCAUUAUUGAUAUUUACAAAGUUAGGGUAGCUGAAGCUUAAGGGAUGAAAAUUACAGAUUUAAAAAAUCCUAAUUUGAUCAAAAAUUGUGAUUUUGCUCAAGAAAAAAUACGGACAUAGUUGAAAUUGGAAUUCAUAAAAUUUUAAGUAUUUUCUUUGUUAAAAUUGCAGUUUUUGCACUUUAACUUUGUAAAUAUUAGUAAUACAAAACAUUUCAAACUACAACUUUGAUCAAAAGUUUUCUUUCCUAAAUUUUACCCCAUUCCUGAAAUUCAUAAAAAAAAAUUAUUCCAAAAAAUUCUUGACAUAUCUAUUUCAGACACCUCAAAGUAACUUAUAUAACUAACUUAUAUAAAAUUUUACAUUUAAAGGCACAUUUUUCAACUAUAAUAACUUAGGUGAUUGAUUAUAUAUUGGGAGGAACCUGAGUACAUCAUGACACUAAAACAAAAGACGUAAAAUUGAAUUCCCCAAUCUUACAGCUGUGUUUAUCCUGACCUUCAUUUAAUUAACAGUCACUAGUCACUUCACAAUCCCUUUCUCCCUUGUCUAUAAAUUACUGCAAAACACAUAGUUACAUUGAAGACAUCAAUCGAAGAUCAAUCUUUGAAUGAGAUAAGACAAACAAGGCUAGGAAAGUAACCUAGUAAACUGUAUUACUGUCCUAGAUGAUUGCUCUAGCUCGAAGUAGUUGGUGCAGUUUACAAGAUACUGGUGACGAGGUUUUGAACCUGGAGUGCAUUCAUGACCAAAAAAUAAUUCAAUUGUAACUAUACCGGUUUGCACUAGAUAAAUUAACCUAACCAAAGAAGGCUUUCAUAAAAGUAUAUGGACAAGACUGUGCUUUAUGUGUUUCACCUACUAUUUGAAGGUAGUAUUAUAAACCAGGAUAGUUAAACCAAUGGUAGAGGACAAUAUUAAACUACCCUAACUUGAAACACUAGUUUACUUGUUGAAAAAAAGCUAGUUCUGUAUACAUAUACCUAGAACUACUAACUAGUCAUUAGAAAAACGUGUAUAAACAAUACCAUGGGUUUUAAGAAAUAAGGAAAGUGGACAGUGCACAAGGAUGCUAUUAAACUCCCCUAACUUAGGUGCUAGUUUUUUACUAGCUUACUAGCCUAGAAAAUAAGCUAGUUUUGUGUACAUUAGACCAGAGAUUCUAGUUUUUAACACUAAUUUGAAAAACUAUCCACAUUUGAUCAAAUUUCUAUCAUCAGGCAAUGCUCCAUUAAAUAAUUCUAGGAUCCUUUCACAAAUAUAGUGUAGUAAAAUAUUUUUAAAUAUAAAAUAUUGUUUUUUAAAGUUUUCUAAUUGUUUAAAGUAUAAUAAAGUAUUGCAACUUAUUUAUAUGAAUAUAUAGUUGUAAAUAUACAUAAAGUAUGUGGGAACCGAAAGUUGUUGAUGAAAAUUUGUAAAAUUAUUAUCGUCAAUUCAAAGUAGAGCAUAUCAUUCAAUUGUUUUAUUCAAAUACUUUGAUUAGAGGGUCAUACUUACGAAGGUCGAAAAUCUUGACAAAUAAUAAACUUUUAUUAAUGCUCCAGACAUUAUAAUACAUAUUAAUACAUCUUGACCAACUACUGGAUCUGGAUUUUUGGCAUUAUCCAAGCAUGUCCCACAAAUUUUCAUAUACAAUUUUGAAACGCCAUAGUCUGUCUUCCAUAUAAUACGAUAUUUAAAAUUAAACAGUAGAUUGGUGUUUAUUAAUUUUAGGUAAUUUGAAUUUUAUGGAUAUUAUUAUACACAUAUAUAUGAGAAUAAAGUUAAACAAAAUAA